GCCGUCAAAGUAAUUGCACGGGAUGAAUGUGCGGACUUUAACCUUGUUUCGCGAGAGGUUCACAGCCAUCGCCAGCUUGUUCACCCACAUGUCAUCCGGUUCAAGCGGCUGGGCUUAACACCGGACAGGCGAUUUCUGUACAUGAUUAUGGAAUAUGCCGACCGAGGGGAUCUUCUAGAAUAUCUGCGGAGACGAGGUCGCUUCCGGGAGCACGAGGCCCGCUGGUUCUUCCAGCAGCUUGUUUUCGGUCUGGACUACUGCCACCAGCGGGGGGUGGUCAACCGCGACCUCAAGCCCGAGAACCUGCUCCUGAAGCGCACCCCAGACGCCCGCCAGAUUGCGGACUUCGGCUUAUCCAAGGAGGGAGUCCACUCGCUGCCUAAGAGCAGGGUGGGCACCGUCACCUACAUGGCGCCCGAGGUGCUGAGGGCGGGCCCGUCGCGGCGGUACGACGGACACAAAGCGGAUAUCUGGUCUGCCGGCAUCGUACUGUACGUGAUGCUGUUUGCGCGGGCGCCCUUUGACGAUCCGCUCGCCACGAACGACAAGGCCCGGCGGGACGCGACGAUGCAGCAAAUCCUGCGUGGCGAAUGGUCCGCCCCGGCCUCCCUGCCCGUGACCCCCGAGUGCUUGGACUUGCUACGGGGCAUAUUGUCCGCAGACCCUGCCGCGCGCCUGUCCAUGACCCAGAUCAUGGGCCACUCCUGGUUCGCAGUGGGCCUCCCGCCCGCCGCGCUGACAAUGAACACCGUACUUGUACGACAACAGACUGCGCAGGCACCGCCGUACGAGCAGAGCGUGGAGGAGGUGAAUGCGGUGUUGGCGGAGGCGCAGCGCAAGGGGGCCCCCGCGGGACCUGGCGGC